UUAUCCUGAAAUCAUUCCUGAGUGUAUUUUACAUUAACAUGCACUUUUUAAUGUUAUUGUGUGUGUGUUUUAGUGUCUUUACUCCGCUCUGCUUUAAACUAGCUGACCUGAUUGGGUUCUCUGUAGGGGGUGAAUCCAAAAUGGCUUCCUCCUCCCUUCGAAGUAAUCACAACUCUUUAGACCUUGUAAUUAAACCUCAUCAUGGAAUCAGCAGAAGUCCAUCUGUGUUCUUCCAGAAAACCUCCACACACUCCUGCUUCUGCUGGCUCACAGGUUUGUGGAGAUGUACAGCAAAAUCAUGUAAAAAAGGAAGAACCUGAAGAUGAAGGCUACCUCUGUGGAGGAACAUCAGUCUCUGUGGGACACAUCACACCUAUGAACCAACAGAAAAAUGUAAAACAGGAAGAACCUGAAGACGAAGGCUAUCUCUGUGGAGAAACAUCAGCCUCUGUGGAAAAUAUGGACCAAGAGUAUGGAAUGUUUCAAAAGAUGCCCGUAAAAGAUGAUGAGUCUGAAGAUGAAGACUAUUUCUGUACAACACCAGUCUCUGAAAUGAGUGAUGCUGAGUUUCGAGUCUUCUCCUGCUCCUGGUGUUCACUUUCGUAUACAUCUCAAAGUUACCUCUACAACCACAUCAGAAGAUGCCACUAUGAGGAAUAUGAGAGACUGAUGAAGUCAGGAGACAUACAAAAUCAGGAAAAUGUGAUGUCCACAGAUGGCUCCAGUAUUCCACGAACAGUCCCUACUUCCCUCAACAGUAAUACAACUAAUAAGCAAAAGCAGAAAGUAGUCUAUGCCUGCUCACAGUGUAUUAAGACUUUUACUAACCAGAAAAGUCUCCUACGACACCAGCAAAUUCACACAACAGAGAAACCCCAUCAAUGCAGACAGUGUGGCAAGAGUUUUGCCCAUCACAGCUUACUUCAACGACACCACCACAUUCACACCGGAGAGAAGCCAUAUCAAUGCUCGCAAUGUGGGAAAAAAUUCAGCCAGCAAAGUAAUCUUCAAAAACACAUGGGAACUCAUACAGGAGAGAAGCCGUACCACUGCACUCAGUGUGGGAAGAGUUUCAGUCAACGGUGUAAUCUCCAAAAACACUUAGGCAUUCACACCGGAGAGAAGCCGUAUCAAUGCUCUCAAUGUGGGAAAAAAUUCAGCCAGCAGGGUAAUCUCCAAAAACACCUGGGCAUUCACACAGAAGAGAAGCCAUACCACUGCUCAGUGUGUGGGAAGAAUUUUACAACAAAGAGUUAUCUCCACACUCACCAGUUAAUUCACAUAGAACAAAAGCCUCAUCUUUGCUUACAGUGUGGAAAGGGCUUUAUUCGAAAGCACGAUCUCCAAGUACACCAGCACAUUCACACAGGCGAGAAGCCGUACCACUGCACUCAAUGUGGGAAAACUUACACUCAACGCAGCAGUCUUCAAAAACACCUGGACACUCACACGGGUGUGAAGCCAUAUCAUUGCUCAGAGUGUGGGAAGAAUUUUACAACAAAGCGUUAUCUCCAAAAUCACCAGUUAAUUCACACAGAACAAAAGCCUUAUCUCUGCUUAGAGUGUGGAAAGGGCUUUACUCGAAAUCAUGAUCUCAAAGUACACCAGCGCAUUCACACAGGAGAAAAUCUGUAUUACUGCUCGGAGUGUGGAAAGAGCUUUAUUAGAUAUGCUACCUUCAUCUAUCACCAGAAAUUUCACAUAACAGAGAAACCAAUUCAGUGCUCUCGGUGUGGACGGAGAUUUACCUAUUCAGGAGCACUUAACAUACACAAGUGCUCCAACAAGGAGUAAAGGGGACAUAUGAAAAACUCACUUUUCAGUGCUUGUGCACAUAUAAUUGGGUAUCUGGAGUGUCUGCCAACCCACAAACUGAAAUAAGGCAACUCGGUCAGUUUCGUUUGGGCUGUUGAGAUCAUAAAACAUGCGAUCCAACAAAAUCCCCUUCUUACAUACAAAGGGGCUCUCAUUAGAAUUAUACCUCCUUGCAUCGGAGGGUUUGUUUUUUUUUUGCUGCCCUGGACCCACUAGCAUUAUAUAAAAGCGAGCUAAGAAAAAGACGAAGAAACCUUUAUUCGUCACAUGCACACUUCAAGUACAGUGAGAUUCAUCCACUGUGUUUAACCCAUCUGAAGCAGUGAACACACAUGUGCACACACACCCAGAGCAGUGGGCAGCCAUACUAUAGCGCCCAGGGAGCAGUCAGGGGUUAAGUACCUUACUCAAGGACACUUCAGCCCAAGGCUGCCCCACGUCAACCUAACUGCAUGUCUUUGAACUGGGGGGGAAACCAGAGCACCUAGAGGAAACCCACGCUGACACGGGGAGAACAUGCAAACUCCACACAGGAAGGCCCCCACCGGCCGCUGGGCUCGAACCCAGAACGUUCUUGCUGUGAGGUGACAGUGCUAACCACUACACCACCGUGUUGCCCCAAGAAUGGGAAGUGCUCUGUUGUUGGUUACACAGAGCAACACAUCCUUACAUCGACCCUCCCAGCCUCAGAAGAUAUAAGAGCUGAGUAAAUGUAAUAUAUUUUUGAUGGCAACAUCCCAGGUACAGUCCGCAAAAAUCUGUUUGUAUAUAGUAAGCACUGUUUUUCCAACUUGGGCUAGUACAAUGCAGGAUUGGCAGUGAAAGUUUACCUAAAAGAGGGAUCAGUGCAAACUCACUGUUAGGGCAAUUAAUCAGAUUUUAUUUUCAAUUACAUUUUUGGCUUCCAACGUUUCUGUAAACAAGAUAAUUUAGAUAAAAUGAAUAUUAGUACUGGAGCCAAUUCUCGAAAAGCUGAUGUAUCCAAAGUUUGCUGCACCCCCAUCAUUAUUAAGUUUGAUGAUUUUUUUCCCCCCAUGUUCUUGGAUUUCUGAAAUUUAUAUUUUCAAACCAUUACCUGUUUGGGAAAGUGUCCAUUCAAUUCUAAUUUGGACAAUUUAUAUAAUAGUGUAUAGCACAAUUAGGCAAAAAAAUGAAGUGACCACAUGUGUCAUUAAACUCUUUUAACAAUGCUUCAAGUAUGUUUUUGUAAUUUAUGCCUUAAGAAAAGAGUACAGUAUUCCUAUAUAAAUAUAGAAAGUAUAAAAAGUUUGAACAAAAUAAGUGAAACAUGCAUAAAUUUAAAGAAAAGUUGGAUGCUGAUGGGAUGAAAUGGUCAUGAUAUU